GGGUUCAAGAGUAGGGGCGCCCACCCGGCAGCGCCCUCCUCUCCAAGCGCGCCGCCUCCCGCUUCGCCAUGGGGCGCUACACUGGCCAGACGUGCCGCUUGAUCUUCAUGCUGGUGCUGACGGCGGGCUUCUUCGUGGCCGAGAUCGUGUCGGGCUACGUGGGAAACUCCAUCGCGCUGGUGUCCGAUCGUUCAACAUGCUCUCCGACCUGAUCGCGCUCUGCGUGGGCCUCUCCACGGGGCGCAUCUCCCGCCGGCCGCCGGCGCCGCAGCCCCGGCGCUUCGUUCGGCUACGGCCGGGCCGAGGUGGUGGGUGCCCUCAGCAACGCCGUCUUCCUGGCCGCGCUCACCUUCACCAUCCUCGUGGAGGCCGUGCAGCGCCUGGCCAGCCCCCAGGCCAUCCGCGACGCCGAGCUCAUCCUCAUCGUGGGCGCGCUCGGCCUCGCCGUCAACCUCGUGGGGCUCCUCGUCUUCCAGGACUGUUGUAGAACUUAUACACAACACAGCGUUUCUUCUUUGAAUGUAGGUGACACCAUAAAUACCCAGAACAAGCCUGAAGAUGAGGUGAUACAGAAAAAAGAGAAAAAAUCCGAAGCUUUGAAUAUCAGAGGUGUUCUUUUGCAUGUGAUGGGGGAUGCUCUUGGCUCAGUUAUCGUUGUAGUGGCUGCUUCCAUAUUCUAUGCACUUCCUCUGGAUGAGAACACCCCAUGCAACUGGGAGUGCUACAUUGAUCCAAGCUUGACCAUAAUUAUGGUGAUCAUCAUACUCUCGUCAGCCUUCCCACUUAUCAAGGAGACGGCAACAAUCUUACUGCAGAUGGUUCCCAAGAGUGUUAAUAUGCAGUUGCUGACAAACAAGCUGCUCGAAGUGCCAGGCAUUACAAGCAUUCACGAGGUGCACGUCUGGGAGAUGGUCAGUGGGAGGAACAUUGCCACCCUCCACGUCAAAUGCCACACCACUUCCGAUUACCAAGACGCUUCGCGCAAGAUGAGGGAGGUGUUCCACGAAGCGGGGGUCCACUCGGUCACCAUCCAGCCAGAGUACACCAACCACAAGAGCCCCGAAGUCCUGUGCAGCACUCCGUGCAUCUCCAGAGCUUGCGACCCGCAGCUGUGCUGCAGUCAGCAGGAAGCGGCCCUGGCUGAGGUCAACGGCUACAACGAGAAGAAGAGCAGCCUGUCUCCCUCUCUGCACAAAGUCUUCCACACGCAAGAUGUGGUGGAGAUUCCCAUCGAACCCACGUGGGCCAAGGAGCCCGUCAAAAAGCACAGCUGCUCAAAGGACAGUUACAAAGAAGCAGGCGAUGCCAAGCCCUAUAAAAGUAGCACACGGUUCUAGGCAGCUUGGGCUCGCGCUUGGGGACUGCUGUUCAUCUAGGGCAAAGUUAUCAUUGGUAAUGCCCCCUUGGCUAAAAAGCUGCUGGCAAGCACUUGACACAUGCCUGGGGAGUGGCAUUUGACAGCUGGGUGUCCAAUGCAUAGCAUAACACAGCAUCUAGAGUAGGUGUUCUUGGCUUGUAUCUAAAGGUCUAGCUGUGUAGGUAGAAGCCCCUUUUAUCCAUGCAGCCACUGGUACCACCAGCCCU